AUGCAACUGCACAAGGAGAUUGUAUCGGGUUUUUGCCGCUUGCCAACUGAAGUCUUAUGCUAUAUUUUUAUUCACUGCCUCCCCCAAAUUGGCCACAUGUUGCCCAAUUCAAAUUCACCUCCUAUGUUGUUGACAAGCAUAUGCCGACGUUGGAGGGAGGUUUCCGCAGAUAUGCCCUCCUUGUGG